CAUAGUCAUGGUGAUGACCAGAAGCCGCUUGCCAACAAAGAACAGCACACUUCGAAUAAACUUUGAUGCAAGAUAUUACGUUAUCCCUUUUCUUUCCUUUUUGAACAGGGCUAAACAUAUAUGUAGUAUGAGAUGACAGGUCAUAAUGAUGGGCUUCGCCUCCUGUUGAUCACGCAUCACAGCCUGAGGGCAUAUAAUAGUCUGUCUUCCUUGAUGCGACAAGUCAUCAAAGUGUACUUUCAGUUCUGGGCGUCAGCGCGCCCGUCUGUGAUUCACCAUGUCCAUACACGGCACGAACGCUAUAUCUCAGCAUCCGAUACUUGGCUCUGAUACGGGCUUGUUUUUCUCUUUAUGGACAGGUCAAAAUUUGCACCUCUGUGGAAACCUGUCCAUCAUUGCGGAUUACUUUCUUACAUUGACGGUCGCUGUAUUUUGUCAAGCUGUUGUGACAUUACGAGUGUGGCAUCUGUUCCUCCAUAGUUGCUUCAUUAGAUGGCUAGCGGUCACUGUUUUCAUCAUUUGCGCGGUAGGAGCUGUCAUAGUUACCAGCGUCGAGUUUGAUGCCAUGAAGAGAGCCCUGUGUGCAUCGUCGAUCGCUGAGAUCUUCACGCAGGGCCCUCUAUCUAUGUCGACUGUCUACCUGCCAGCCCUGGUCAUCCAUACGGUCAUGCUCUUACUGACGAUGUAUCGCUUUCGCAUCAGCCCAAAAUCAUUGCAACAACGUGGCAUUAUGCACCGAUUCGUCAAAGAAGGGAUAUUUAUGUAUACCUUUGCGGCCGGAUCGCUACUGUACGAAAUUAUCUGUCUUUCUAUGACUGAACCAAAGGACAUAUCUAUAUAUUAUCCAUCUUUGAUAGGAGGAAUAGCAAUAUCAACUACAACCGUCUCCGUCUGUCGCGCAAUGCUAAGCAUCAAGUCAUUCACCGUAACAUAUCAUGUCGAUCCGGCAUGGUUGCUCAACCACGCAGAACUCAGUCGUGUUCAAUGGAGGAGAGGAGCCAGUGAAGGGGAAAUCUUUGUUGAAUCGAGCGACAUGGAGGCAGAUCCCCCUUCCAAAUUCCUGGAGGUAUCUACCAGGAGAACAGAAGGCGAAGGAGUUGCGUAAAAAUUCAAUUUAACUUGUAUGUUUUGAACAU